UGUCGUAUUGUAAGUAGAGUAAAUAUUGUAGCAUAAUAUCAGUAGAGAGUAUUGUAUCCUAUUGUAAGUAAAGAAAGUAUUGCCGGUACCGUUCUGUAAGUAGAGUAAAAUAUUGUAUUGUAUUGUAAAAAAAAAAAAAUGUUUGUGUAGAGGCUUGUCCCAACCUUUGACACAAGCUAGGAUGAUGUUUCUGGGACUUCCAUAUUAUCUAGGAAGUUAAUGAAGUCUGUUUAUCUUUGAAGUACAUACUAGUUUUAUUGGUGAAGCAGACUGUUUUAGGGGUAUGGAAAUGCAACCCCUGGCAUGCCCGACACAGGCUCUUAGCCAGGAUUAUUAUAGAAAAAAACAAUUUGAUUUAUACCGAAGGUUUUUACAUAUAUAGCGCCCAUGCUUAGGAGAAGAAUAAUAGGAUCCAUAAACGCGUAGGUAUCGUAGUAAAAAAACAGAAAACUAAACGCAGCUGCACCUUUUCUUUAUUGGAAAGCUUGUCAUACUUAUUGACCAACAUGACAACUAAAGUACAUUUUCUAGUCUAGCAGCAGCUCUAUUUCUUUUUUCUUUUACUCGUAGGCCCCAACCCCCAGGCAGGUCUGGCAACUCCUGACUGAGCACCGUUUUAGCGACCAAGGUAGUUUUUGUUUAACCCUUCAAGUUCUCAGAAAAUCUAUGCAGAUGCAAUUAUGGAAGGUACUACUUGAUCACAAGGCCCAGACCCACUCGACCGCGGCCAAGUACUCCGAGUCUCUGAAAUGAAUCGGCCAAUGCAUAGCGAUGCAUGCCAGCAAAAACUUGGUGUAUGUGUCAUCUGUGGCGACGAGAGUGUGGUACUCCUUCGCUUUUAGCUCAAAAGUAGAAAAGCGGUCAUUAUAAAAUUCUCAGUCUAGAUGUUUUAGAUGUUUCAAAACAUCGCUAUUUGUUCUGGAACAGCUUAAGGGAUUAUCAAAUUAAUGGUGUCGGUGUCUUUUGCUGUGUACACAGGACAAUUUAAUGAAUCAUGUCAUCAGUUCUUGUAAUUAUCCAAAGAAACAGCAUCUAACCGCUUAAUCUGAUUUCAUUUCCUUUGUGAAAGGGCUGCCAGACCCGAAGGCGCCGCUCCUAAGAACUUUUCACACUUGCACAGGCAGCGAUCAUGCAUGUGUAAUUACUGGUCAGUUUCAAAGUACAGUAGUAUGAUUAGAUUUGGUCGAGAACUAAACACCAACCUCAAAAGAAUCGUUUGUAAAGGAACUUGAUGUAAAAGGACACUAAAGAAGUCCACAGAAUAUGUUACCGCAUGUCAUUAUAUAAAUACUUAAAAGAUUUGUUGGAAUAAAAUAAGACUGGGUUACAGAACUUUGUUUUCCAGACAGAUAUCAAUUUUCUUUCGCCGUUUGAUUGGCAGACAUUUCACUACAACUCUUCCAUUCUUAUCAGGUCUCCUACUCCAUGUUCCGGUGUUGUACUCUAUCACCAGAAUAUUGUUAACAACUAAUCAGUCGCCAGCUAUUUGUAGAAACCAUAAUCAGGUACAAAAUUUCAAUCGGCUGCGAGCCGGAAAAUAACAUCAUUCAGUUUGGAUCUUUCCCUGUUCAAAGCCUUUGGAAGUUUGAACAAGGUGUCAACGAACGGCUGGUGAACUCCACGGCUUUGUAAUUUCUGGUCUCGAAUUAUUCAACUCAUGCAAUGAUGAUUAUAUGCGUAAAAGGUGCUACGAUAAACCUAAACAGACUUUCUCUCCUUUACACUGAGAUUUUCGGCACUGACCCGGCUGGUUAAUUGUUUUCUGUAUACUUUUCCGUUAGCGUUGUUUACAAGACAUUCAAGUCUCAAUUGAUGGUGUUAACUAUGUUUCUCGGACUAAUGACAGUUAGUAAUAAGAUUUUUAAGAGCCUCAUUACCGCGCUUUUUCGAUGAAUAAAGGUAGCUGGUUGUUGUCGAACCUUGGCUUUGUUUUUUAGUCAAAGAAGAAAUAAUUAACCCCUCGUCAAAUCCGAACAGUGUGAUCACAGUAACUCUUAUUGGUCAAACUAGAAAAAUACCGCCCGGGCAAUCAAGGAAUAAAAGCGCAUUGUAAACUGAACAUUUAAACUGAUGAGAGAAAUUCCACUUCAUUAUACUUAAUUAAUCAUUCUUGAUUGGCUUGGUGGAGCUGAGUUAUUUCUUUACUCCGCAAUGGUCCUAUGGCAUGACGCCAUUUAGACCUUGUGCCCCAAGUAUAGGAAACUUGAGUGCGAGAAUCUUCAAUACCUGUCGGUUAACAGGUUAUCGACCAAUAGGAUGGGCCCGACUGACGUAAAACAUCUCAACCCCUGUAAUUAGUAACGUCUGCUUAAGACAGGCCGUAAUCCGAUCAGAAACAAUAUACCGAUCCAGUCAGUCACUAAUUCGUGUCCGCUCGUGUGGUAAUACAAAAGGAACGAGGGCCGACAUUAACGAUGCAAAAUUCGAUUUCUUUUUCUAUUGAAUCGAUUAUUUCCAGGAUAGAUCCUCCGAAACAAAAAGAGGAUGAGAACAAGGCGAGUCUAGGGAUUCCAAGCCGCGGGCCACUGAGUGCCAUGCAGAAUUUGGUAGAGCUCACACCACGGGGCAUUGACUUCAAUUAUUUGGAGGAGACCGUCCCAGCAUCUGAAAUGGCGCGAGAAAAAUUGGACAAACAUUUUCACGGAGAAAACGUAAUGGACCACCCUACUACUUUGCCAUCAAGAGAGGGAGGCCAAGCCAGUCCAAACUCGCUCAGUGAAAGUGAUGAUCUAGAGGACGAACAAGGAGAUCAAAAUUCCGACUCCGAGGGAGGAACCAAAUCGAGACGUAAAAGAACAGCUUUUACCAGCCAGCAACUCCUAGAACUUGAACGAGAAUUUCACACAAAAAAAUAUCUUUCAUUAGAGGAAAGAUCGCAGAUUGCGAGGACAUUAAAGCUUAGUGAAGUUCAAGUGAAAAUUUGGUUUCAGAACAGACGCGCAAAAUGGAAGCGAGUAAGGACGCUCGGUGGAGUUCAAGUUCACGGCAACAGGAAGCUUCAUGCUCCUAAACUUGUUGUCCCAAUUCCAAUCCAUGUGAACAGAUACGGAUCAAAGAACCAACUUUACAUUUCAUGAAAAAAAAAAUAUUUAUUGUCGUAAUGAGGGAUGAUCAAGGAGGCAGUUUUUGACUGGCAAUUCAUGACUUGGAAAUGUCUUAGUGUCGGUGACAAGAGUCAGUACUAAAAGAGUAAUGCUGACUUUUAUGAACGUACUUUCUGUUCAACGGUUUUGUUCAGGUUGUUCUUAUGAAGUGGAUCUUCAAAUGAUAUGUUAGAUUUGUCCUUUGAAAUGGACUGAUAUGAGCGGAAUUACCGUGACAAGAAAGGAUAUUGAUAAACAGCAAGUCAUGGGAUCUACAUGAAGCAAAACACCGCUUCAAUCAAUUCUGUUAUCUUCGAGUGCCUCACACUUCGUCUUGACUCUUUAUAAACGCAACUUAAAAUGGCAGAAUAUUUACAUCUUCAGUGAUGUCUUAUCAAAAUCCCACAUUCUUAAGAAAAGCAUUAAAGAAUUAUAGGAAAUACAGCCUUGUCGUUAACGCCAUACAGGAAUUACAAAUACACAGAGUUUGCUUGAA